CAAAUUAGUUCUGUUCGUCAACUAAAGAAGUAACAAUCAAUAUGUUGAAAUUUGUGAUUUUGUUUGCUGUGAUUGCUGCCGCUUCUGCUGCAUUAGUUCCAGCUAUUUCAACUCCACUUUUGGGCAAGUUGAUUCCACAGCCUUCAUUGGCACCAGCCAACACUGAACAUGCUGGCUAUGUAAGUGGAUUGACCCCAGUUGCUCGUCAAUAUGUAUCGUUGCCAUUAGCCUAUUCCGGUCUUGCCCCAGCAGUAUACUCAGCUGAACAUAUUCCUUUGGCAUACGCUAGCAAUUAUGUGGCAUACACAGCUCCACUUGAAGCCUCACAUUACCGGAUUUCCUAUUAAAACCGCCUAAAAGUCAGCAACUGUUUUUUGAUACCAACUGUUUUUUUUGAUACGGAAAUGAUAGCAUU